AUGACCGAGAAAGAUGAUCCGCCGACGCAAAAUGACGGGCAGUUCAACGCGAAGGGUGGAGACCUCGAGGAUCCAGACACUGCAUCGCUGAAAUAUGCCGUAUCAGAUGCUGAAGAAAAGGGGCUGAUCAGCCCAGCUUCUCCUUCCACCCAGCAGAGGUGGCCUUGGACAUCAUCUCAAAGCUCCCCGGGGCAGUCUCAAGUCGAAGAGGUCCUAAGCCAGAAGGUAGUCAGCCUUUGUGAAAAAGGCUCAAUUUCAGAUUUAAAACUCGGCGUGUGGCAAGAUAUUUUUGAACAACUUCGUCGAGAGAGAUCAUCGGCUGCUGACCUGCUGUGCUUGAUGAACUUCCUCAACCCUGAAGGCAUCCCUAAGUUCAUCCUCGAAGCCUACCAGCGCUACCGUGGAGGUAACAAGGUCAACCUUGACCGGGACAUUGAGUUCCUGACUGAAUGCUCGCUUAUCGUCGCUGCGAAAGAAGAUGGUGUGCUCAAGAUACAUCCUACGGUACAUUCUUCUGCACGGAUGUGGAUCUCGUCAGUAACAUCAGUCCCCCAGUGGAAGAUCUGGCCAAGACAGCCACAAAAGGACGAAGAAGCCUGGAAGCGGACGCUUCUCCAUGUCUUUUCAUCAGAAUAUUCAGAUCCGCAUGACACUGGCAGUCAAGGAAUCUGUCAAUGGCUGGAUUCUCAUGUCGACUCCGCCAUAGAGAUCGAACCACGCGACAAGAGUUGCUUUCAGAAAUGGGGCCGACUACUCCAUGAUUUGGCUCUUUAUCGAUGUAAGACCGGUAGAAAUCAAGAAGCUGAGCAACUUCUCCAGCGGCUAUUGGAAGCCAACAGAAGGGUCCUUGGUCCAGAAGAUCCAAGCACGCUUUCGGGUAUGCAAUGCCUUGGAACCGUCUUGUCAAGAGGAGGGAAAUACAAAGAAGCGGAAGAGGUGCAAAGAUGUUGUCUGGAAGUGCGUCAGAGGCUGUCUGGUCCGGAGCAUCCAACCACGCUUUUCACCAUGAACAGUCUUGCGCUGACCCUGGCAACGCAAGGCCGUUUUGAGGAAGCCGACGACCUUUGUCGGAAAGUUCUGGAGGCGAAAAGGGAAGUCUCGGGUCUUGAUAACGUGUGGACGCUUGCAGGCUUGACAGGCGCUGUUGGAAAGCUGCCGGGGCAUCGACGCGUGGAAGAGGUGGAAAGGCUGCAGUGGUUAGUUAUGAAAAGGACUCGGAAGAGGGUUUGGAGUGUGAACUCCAGCAUCCAGGACGACAGUCAAACAUGA